CCCACAUCGACCUGCACCCUCACCGACAUUCGCCGCGUCGCCCACGUCGACGCUGGCGCCGGGAUACGAUAUGGCGUUCUCCAGGCAGUCCUUGAUGACGAAGGGCAAGCGGCCGUUCACCGCCGCGUCCCGCGUCCUCCACGCAUCGUCUACAACGGCGUCGAGGGUCUUCAACGCGACUGCACCCACCUUCGCUACCCGGGCAUUCGCGCGCGCCAGCAACAAGACCUCGUCGCUCAUCCAGCGCGGCCUGAGUCGCGCGUACUCGACGGGAAAGAACGGUCCGGAAUUUAAUGGUGGUCAGACCACAGGGGCGGAGGUACCGUUAUAUCGCAAGCUCAUCAAGGCAUGGACGGAGACGCCGACCAAGUGGUAUCCCAUCCCGAUCGCGGUGGGCGCGAUACUCCUCGUCGUGAUCCAGUACAGGAAGAACUCGAGAAAGCGCAACCCCGAGGUCAUCGUUGACGAGGAUGGUGUCGAGGUUGUCAAGCUCAAGGGUCCAUGGCAGGUCCAUGUCAUGGGUGCCCUCCCUCUACGGAACAUGUCACGGUUAUGGGGCUACAUGAACUCCCUUCAACUCCCAGUUUGGUUUAGGCCAUACGGCUUCAAGAUGUACGCCUACGCCUUCGGUUGCAACCUCGACGAGAUCGACCCUCAGGAACUGGAGAAAUACGCAAGCUUGGGCGACUUCUUCUACCGGAAACUAAAACCUGGCGCACGACCGGUCGACGACGCGAUAUUGGUCAGCCCCGCGGACGGCACAGUAUUACACUUCGGCACGAUCAAGGACUCUCGAGUCGAACAGGUCAAGGGUAUCACAUAUUCACUGGACGCGCUUCUCGGAGUGGAACGUCCAGGAACCCCAACGGCAUCGGUCAAGAGCACGCGCGAUCAAAUGGAAGUUGUCAACGACCACGAUUUUGCGAACGUUAACGGCAUCGAGUACACCCUCGACCAGCUCAUCGGUGGCCAGAACGGCCACGCGCGACCUUCAGGCAGCACGAGCAGCAAUGAGACCACGCCCCUUCUUGCCUCUGGCAGCAGCGACCCCGCGCCGCAAAAAUACGGCGAGCGCGUCGACGCCUCCGUCCACGACCCCUCCGCCACGCUUAAGGACACCCUCGCCCACGACGCCGGCGUCGCCCGCGACAUGGGCGUCCCCGCCGCGAUCGAGGGCGCCCCCGUCGCGCGGCCCCUCGCGCGGCGGCGCAGCACCUCCGACCAGGACGUCCGCCCGGGCCACUCGCUCUUCUUCACCGUCAUCUACCUCGCGCCGGGCGACUACCACCGCUUCCACAGCCCGACGGCGUGGGUGGUCGAGAAGCGGCGGCACUUCGUGGGCGAGCUGUUCUCGGUGUCGCCGUAUAUGGCGAAGCGGCUGGAGAAUUUGUUUGUCUUGAAUGAGCGGGUUGCGCUGUUGGGUCGCUGGCGGUAUGGGUUCUUUGGGAUGGUGCCCGUUGGCGCGACGAAUGUGGGGAGUAUCAAGAUCAACUUCGACCAGGAAUUGCGCACUAACGUUCGCGGCCGUCGACCACCUCCGGGCACGUACACUGAGGCCGUCUACUCCGCUGCAUCGCCAAUUCUGAACGGUCAACCGCUUUCAUACGCGGAGGAGAUGGGCGGCUUUUGCUUGGGAAGCACGAUCGUCCUCAUCUUCGAGGCGCCGUCCGAUUUCGAGUUCGCGAUCCAGGCUGGACAGAAGAUCAAGGUCGGCAACAAGCUCGGCGACGUGCCACGGGAUUAGGUGUCUUCUGCUCCGGGACCGGUCGUGCUCAGUCGCGGGACUAGCUGUCCUCUGUCACAGGACUAGGGUCCCUUCGUUACAGGACUGCGUGUCCACGGUCGCAGGGUUGACUAUUCGCCAUCGCGACCAGGAGCUGUAGAGGGGUGUCCUCCGGGAGAGGGACAGCGAUAGACGUACAUAGGCUACAUCGGGGAGAAAAGCUACUCACAUCGGAGCGGUCUGGUAGACGGGCGCCGCGCUCCAUCAUACAUUAGUGCCUCAUUCAAUUCGUAUCGUACGCAUUCAUUGGGAAUUCAACUUCGCAGACUACUUAGUAGUCGAAGGCGCACCA